UUGUCUAAAGGAGAGUACAGAGGUUGGAGCCAGAAGCAGCCGCCGGCAUGGAUGUGUUUCUCAUGAUCCGGCGCCACAAGACCACCACCAUCUUUACGGACGCCAAGGAGUCGAGCACGGUGUUCGAACUGAUGUGCAUCGUCGAGGGCACCAUCAAGCGGCCGCCAGAGGAGCAGCGGCUGUACAAGGACGACCAGCUCCUCAAUGAUGGAAAAACUCUGGGCGAAUGUGGCUUCACCAGUCAGACAGCAAGGCCACAGCCCCCAGCCUCAGUGGGCCUGGCCUUUCCAGCAGACGACACCGUUGAACCGCUGAUUAUUGAACCCUUCUCCAGCCCUCGGAGCUUCCAGAUGUGAUGAAGCCACAGGAUUCUGGAGGCAGUGCCAAUGAACAAGCUGUGCAGUGAGGGCCCCAGGCCUACCCCCUAAAAACCCACUCCCCCAAUAAAAAAAGAUUUGCCUGUCUAAAAAAAAACAAAAAACAAAAAAAAGGAGAGUACAGAGAUUAUGAGAAUCACAUGGGGAUUUUCAUGCAUGGAUCGAAACUUAGGACGGGACAAAUUAGUCCCUGGAUCCACUUAGAGUAUCCAAUGUUACUUAGUAGUAAUUAAGGUUCAAUAAAAUCUGUGACUCCCGGUAAAGAGCUAAACAGAUGGAGAUAGAUAGAUAGAUAGAUAGAUAGAUAGAUAGAU